CUAGAUAUGGAGCAACAACAAAUGUUAGGGAUCUUGGGUUCCUUAUUUGAUUUCAUGCAGGUGUACCACACAGUUUCCCUGCAACAGUUUGCUCAGUAUGAGCAGCAGACGAGGCAGCGGACUGUCGAGGGCAUUGCCUUUUACUUGAGGCGAAUGAGGAGGCAACGUAUGAGACGGCGAGCCCUGCAGAGAGAGAGGGUUAAGAACAUCCACAUGCUGUCCCGGUUAUACAGAUGCAGAGCAAGAAUCACAUGGGCCCGGCCACGCACCUCAACCUGGUGGGAUUCUGCUAUCAACACCUGGGAUGAGAGGGAGUGGCAAAGAAACUUCAGGAUGUCUAAAACCUCAUUCCUGCAUCUGUGCGACAUCCUGCGGCCCAAUCUGACGCGGCAGCGCACUAGAUACCGGUGUCCACUCGCUGUUGAGCUGCGGUUGGCUAUCUGUCUGUGGCGGCUCGCGACCAACAUGGAGUUUCGUUCUAUCUCCCACCUGUUUGGUGUCGGUAUCUCCACAGCCUGCAGUGUUACCCAACAAGUUGUGACUGCAAUUAAUAAGAUAAUGAAACCCCAUUACAUUAAAGCGCCGUCCGAGCCAGAGGUGAGGGAGAUAGUGCAGGGCUUCAGGGAUAGGUGGGGGUUACUCCAGGUUGCAGGAGUAAUAGAUGCGACUCACAUUGGAAUUUUAGCGCCGGCCGAGGACCCUACCGACUACUACAACAGGAGGAGUUUCUAUUCCGUUGUGUUGCAGGGUGUGGUAGAUGACAAAAUGAAGUUUUGGGACAUUAACGUCGGCUGGCCGGGUAAACUACACGAUGCCAGAGUUUUGGUCAGCACUUCCAUGUACAGUAGAGGCCAGAACUGCACAUUGUUUCCGGACUGGACCGAAAGACUGGGGGAUGUGGACGUGCCGCUGCAUAUUGUCGGCGAUGCCGCCUACCCACUACUGCCCUGGCUGCUGAAGCCGUUCCCGGAGGGCGGGGGGUUAACGGAGGCACAGACACACUUCAAUCAUCGACUCUGGGAAGCAAGAGUGACUGUUGAAAGAGCCUUCGGACGCCUGAAGGGUCGCUGGCAAUGCCUUCUCAGGAGAUGCGAUGCACACAUUUCCCUCAUCAGCCACAUAAUAUCAGCCUGCUGCGUUCUACACAACUUCUGUGAAAUUGCUAAUGAGGACUGGGAAGAUGAGGAUCUCGCGGCUGACGUGGAUGACAUUGUGGACCUAGAAAUCGGUGAUCAGGCCAACUAUGGGGGGCAAAUUAGGGAUGCACUGUGUGCACAUUUGGCACAGUAAUACUUUAGUAAAUGUAUUAUUGUGCAGUAUUUAUAUUUAAUUUUAUACUUGUGUAAUAUUUAUUUAAAGCCUAAAAGAACAUUUAC